AUGCCCGUUAUCUCGGGAUUUAACGAAGAUACAAAAAAAUACAAGACUGAAUAUGAUAAAGCCAUUAAAUCACAAAGCAAAGUAGUUACCUUUCUCCCGCACAUGUUUUUUCUUUUUGGCUGUGCGUUUAUAUCACUUUGGGGAAUUGUUUCUUUAGUCAAAACUAUACCAAAUUUAUCUCUUCCAACUUCAAUUGAGGCAGUAAAAAAACAAGCUAUAAUAUUGGAAAACUAUUCCAAUAGAACUUGGGAAGGAUAUAUACAUAUAUUUACCGUUUUUUCAUUAAUUUAUGUUUGGAAACAGGCAUUCUCCAUACCUGGAGCCAUUUUCCUGAACAUUUUAGCAGGUGCUUUAUAUGGACCGUUUACUGCUACGUUAUUGAGUUCUAUACUCACCUCUAUAGGAGCUUCAUGUGCAUAUCUAUUAAGCAAAUUUAUUGGACAGCCAAUGAUAGAUCAAUAUUUAUCUGAUAAAUUGAGUUUUCUAAGAAAACAAGUCGACGAAAAUAGAGAUGGAUUAUUCUUUUAUUUGUUAUUUAUUCGAAUGUUUCCUUUGUCGCCUUGGUGGUAA